AUGGAGGAAGACAUGAUCUCUGCACUUACAUCUUCUCUGGCAUCCAUCACCUUGAAAUCAGUGACCUGGGACAGAGUACGCACAGCAACCACAAGUGAUGCAGAUAUGGCUAUGCUAGUAGACUUAAUAACCUCAGGUCUGCCAGAGAGCCGCCAAGAGUUCCCCAUGAAGCUUCACGAGUAUUAUCAGUUCAAGGAGGACCUAAGCACAAUCGACGGAGUUGUGUUGUAUAGAGAACGUGUAGUCAUCCCACCGGCAUUAAGGCAAGACGUCCUCUCUACAUUGCACAGUGCCCAUCAGGGGAUCUCCUCUAUGAUAACCAGAGCCGAGUCCUUAAUCUUCUGGCCUGGCAUUACACCGGAUAUAGUAUCCACCAGAACAGGUUGCAACCACUGCAACCGCAUGACCCCCUCCCAACCGAGUGCCCCUCCGACACAACUGAUAUAUCCUGACUACCAAUUCCAGUGCGUCUGUGCUGACUACUUCCACUACAUGGGUAAUAACUACCUUUUCAUCUUUGAUCGGUAUUCCAACUGGCCGAUUGUGGAGAGAGCAUCCCAAGGAGCGGCUGGCCUGUUAGCUUCUCUUCGACGGACCUUUAUCACCUUUGGCAUAGCCGAUGAGCUAUCCUCAGAUGGGGACGGGAGUUCACAUCAACUGCCACCAAGACGUUUCUUUCUGAUUGGGGUGUACAUCAUCGUAUGUCAUCAGUAG